AUGAAGCUCCAGCAUCUAACUAUACUUUUCAUUUGGGGUAGUGCUAUAGCAUCGCGGCUUUAUGCAGCAUCCUAUGCUGGGCAUGUAACAUCUCUGAGUUUGUCACCUUCGGGUGAAAGUUAUGAACUGAGUACCCUCUCCCAGAAUAACGACUGUGGCCCCAGUCCCUCAUGGUUGAUGCUGGAUGGGUCUAAUAAAAUCCUCUACUGUUUGGAUGAAGGUGUUGGUCGCCAUAAUGGCACGGUGACUUCCCUCAAGAUCAACUUGGAUGGGUCGUUCACAAAGGUCGGACAACUACAGACAUUGGUAGGGCCAGUUGCGUCUGCAUUUUAUACAACAGCCCAUGGAUCUGGUCACAAGUUCCUGGCGGUCGCUCAUUACUCAGGAUCGGCACUCACCACGUACUCUGUUGACCCUAUCAGCGGUCACUUCAACCACUCUCAAUCAUUCACAUUCGCGGUGGCUGCCCCGGGACCAAUUCCCGAACGACAGGACGCACCACAUCCUCAUGGAGUCGUUGUCGACCCAUCCGGCCGGUUUGUCCUUGUCCCAGACCUAGGAGCCGACCUGGUCCGCAUCUUCCGCAUAUGCCCAACUACAGGCCAACUUGAAGAACAACCACCGUUGGCGGUAGCUCCGGGUUCCGGACCACGACAUGCGGUCUUCUGGGCUCCUCGGAACGCAAACCUCACUCGACUGAGUCAUGUUCGAUUCUUUCUGGUCUCAGAGUUAGAUAAUUACCUCAGAGGAUAUGAUGUGACAUAUCCCAACAACGGAACACUUUUGUUCACCAAGUUCUAUGAAGGCAAUACGUACGGUGGAUCAACUCCUCCAACAGGGUCAAAAGCCGCAGGAAUCGCUAUCUCGCCGCAGAAUGACCGUCUUGUGAUUUCGAACCGUAACGAUAAUUCUUUUGGUCCCGGCAAUGACUCUAUAGCAAUCUUCUCUCUCGUCAAACACAACCAAACUUCCGCCGUCUCAUUCUUGGGUUCAUAUCCUUCAUUUGGGUCUUUUCCACGCCAGUUUGAUAUUUCUUCAAAAGAUAGUAUGAUGGCUAUAGCACAGCAGAACAGCCACAAGGUAGUGGUGACCAAGUGGGACAUGAAGGAUGGCACUCUUGGUUCGGUACUCAUAGAGCAGCCACUUGAUGGAGAAAUUCCUGCUGUGAUAUGGGACUCUUCCUGA